UGGCUGCAGAGGGGAGAGCCGCGCGAGCCAAGUGGGGGAGGGUGGAGGAAACCCGGGAGAAGGCUCUCUCCAGCCCCCAAAGUUUUGAUGAUGACCAUGACUACGAUGGCUGACGGCUUGGAAGGCCAGGACUCGUCCAAAUCCGCUUUCAUGGAGUUCGGGCAGCAGCAGCAGCCGCCGCAGCAGCAGCCCGCGCCGCCGCCGCCGCACUCGCAGCAGCCCGCGCCGCCGCCCGCGCAGCAGAGCUCCCCGGCCAUGGCGGGCGCGCACUACCCGCUGCACUGCCUGCACUCGGCGGCCGCCGGCUCCCACCACCACCACCACCACCACCAGCACCACGGCUCGCCCUACGCGGCGGGCGCGGGCAACUCCUACAACCACCGCUCGCUCGCCGCCUACCCCUACAUGAGCCACUCGCAGCACAGCCCUUACCUCCAGUCCUACCACAACAGCAGCGCGGCCGCCCAGACGCGCGGGGACGACACAGAUCAACAAAAAACUACAGUGAUCGAAAACGGGGAAAUCAGGUUCAAUGGAAAAGGGAAAAAGAUUCGGAAGCCUCGGACCAUUUAUUCCAGUCUACAGCUCCAGGCUUUAAACCACCGUUUUCAGCAGACCCAGUACCUGGCCCUUCCCGAGAGAGCCGAACUGGCAGCUUCCUUAGGACUGACACAAACACAGGUGAAGAUAUGGUUUCAGAACAAGCGCUCUAAGUUUAAGAAGCUGCUGAAGCAAGGUAGUAACCCGCAUGAGAGUGACCCCCUCCCAGGCUCUGCGGCCCUGUCACCACGCUCUCCAGCACUGCCUCCAGUGUGGGACGUUUCUGCCUCUGCCAAGGGCGUCAGUAUGCCCCCUAACAGCUACAUGCCAGGCUAUUCGCACUGGUACUCCUCACCACACCAAGACACGAUGCAGAGACCCCAGAUGAUGUGAGUUGUCAGAGGGAACACUAGGGGACCACUUGAACAAGACAAGGAGGACCGGACCUGCUUGUGUCUGCCAAAUCGAGCCAGAGGAGCAGGCUCAGGAGAACUUGUAUGUGUGGCCAGAGCUGGCUGGGCUCCUCUCUCCUUUCUCUGUCUGUCUCUCUCUGUCUCUGUCUUCCCUCACCCCUC